AUGAAGACGGUAAAGAAGUCCAUUAAAGCUGCCAUAGCGGAAGGGAAAAGCUGGAACCAGGAGCUGCACAGCUUUCUGCUUAACUAUCGAGCAACACCACGGCGAAGUUUUUGCAGAAGAUUGAUAUCAGAGCCUGGCUGCGACGUGGAUAUGGCGAGCUACAGGAUCCAUCGCAUCCUGUUCUGCGCGCGCGGACACAUGAACUCCUCGGAGGCGCGAUGCUUCGCGUUCACCUGUAGCCAUGGCGACAGCAUCGACACCACCAUCUUUCAGUGCCACGUGUUCCGCUGUGAGAUUCCGGAGGCGGUCGGCAAGGUGCUGAUGUCGUUUGCGAACGCAUUCCGUCGCGUGCCGCGCUUGCCCUCUAGUGGCCCCACCUACUCGCCCGGCGACCCACUCUUCAAGUUUGAGGUGUCGUUGGAGGUGAAGGAGGAGGACGGGAAAGGCAGCUACGCGGUGUGCCCGAAGGACAAGAGCUGCUUCAAGCUGAGACGCAACCUAGAGAAGAAGCUCGUGCUGUCUGUGCAGCAGACGGCGGGGUUCAGAGAGCUGGUGAUCGAGAGGUGUUUCGGACUGUUGAUCAGCCCGGGAAGGAACGUGAAGAACAGCGACAUGCAUCUACUUGACAUGGUGGCGAUGGGCACGGCGGCCGAGGGCAAACAGUACGUCAUCUCUGGCGUGUGGAACCCGGCCGACCACGCGUUCGACGUCCUCAACACAGAGACGUCGAAAGACACGCGUGUCUUCAUGACCGUGGCUGUAGACUUGGUCAUCGUUGGCAUUCAGGAGCCGGUGCGGUUCAUCGUCGAGACGAAGGCGAAGAUCUUUCCACAGAACGAGCGCUUCUGGUACUACGCCAAGCGCAGCCUCACCGAGCAAUUCUUUCUGAAGCUGAAGGAGGAUGAGAACAGCGGUGGUAGCGGCGAGCAGCACACAUACCUCGUCGUCAGCAUAGAGAGCGCGACGGACAUCGAGCGACGCAAGUCGAUGCUGCCGCUCUCGACGCCGCACCCACCGGCCACGUCCGCCAGCACAGGGUCCAUGUCGACGCUGGGAGACAACGACGAUGAUUCUGAUGCUGACGAGCCGUUGAUGAGUGGCUCGGGUGACGUCAGCAAGGACUGCACGGAAGGUGAGCUGGAGGACUGGGCCGAAGUUCUCAGCAGGUGGCACCAGAAUCUGAAGCAGCGGCCGAGCAAGCUUACGGCACUCGUGCGACGAGGUAUUCCGGAGGCGUUGAGAGGCGAGGUGUGGCAGCUACUCGCCGGAUGCACGCACGACGAGGAGCAGGAGAUGUUCGAGUCCUACCGCAUCCUCAUCACCAACGACUCGCCGUGCGAGCAGGUGAUUGCACGUGACAUCCACCGCACUUUCCCUGCCCACGACUUCUUCAAGGAGGCUGGUGGCCUCGGCCAGGACUCCCUGUUCAAACUCAGCAAGGCGUACUCAGUCUAUGAUGAGGAGAUAGGAUAUUGCCAGGGCCAGUCAUUCCUCGCUGCAGCUCUGCUCCUACACAUUCCGGAGGAGCAGGCGUUCUGCAUCCUCGUGAAGAUCAUGUUCGAGUACGGACACCGCAACAUCUUCCGCCAGAACUUUGAGGAGCUGCAUCUCAAGUUCUACCAGCUGGAGCGACUCAUCGAGGUCGGCAAGGUGCUGAUGUCGUUUGCGAACGCAUUCCGUCGCGUGCCGCGCUUGCCCUCUAGUGGCCCCACCUACUCGCCCGGCGACCCACUCUUCAAGUUUGAGGUGUCGUUGGAGGUGAAGGAGGAGGACGGGAAAGGCAGCUACGCGGUGUGCCCGAAGGACAAGAGCUGCUUCAAGCUGAGACGCAACCUAGAGAAGAAGCUCGUGCUGUCUGUGCAGCAGACGGCGGGGUUCAGAGAGCUGGUGAUCGAGAGGUGA